AUGUCGCUCACCGCCGACCUCCCCCACACACCAAUCGCCACCGACCCCUCCCUGACCUUCCAACUCCUCUCAACCGCCCACUUCGCCGCCGUCGCGCACUCCCAACAACGUCGCAAAUCGCCCUCCUCACCCGCCUACGUCCAACAUCCCCUCCACGUGGCGGCGCUUCUUGCCUCCCCUGCGUCGAGUCUGCAUCCCAAUCCGCCCAUCGAGGUGUUGCAGGCGGCGAUGUUGCAUGAUGUGAUUGAGGAUACGGAGACGACGGUUCAGGAACUGAGAGAGCGGUUCGGGGAUGUCGUGACGAAUAUUGUGCUCGAGUGCUCGGACGACAAGUCGCUGAGCAAGGAGGCGCGGAAACAGGCGCAGAUCGACCACUCGCCUCACAAGUCGGACGAAGCGAAGCACGUCAAGCUCGCCGACAAGCUCUCGAACUUGACGGACUUGAUGAGCGCGAAGGGGCGGCCAGCAGGGUGGUCGGUCCAGCGGAUACAGGAGUACUUCGUCUGGUCAAAACGGGUGACGGACAGUUGCAAGCACGUCAACCCCGGCUUAGGGGAGAAGCUCGACGAGAUCUACCGGAACGGGACGUUCGAGCUUGGCGGCAAGACGUACAAGUGCCAUCCGGAGUGCGAAUGA